GUUCCAGACAACUUCAAACGUUUUGUCGUUCAAUUUACAUUGCUUGCCCUUUAUUUGCAUGUUCGCAUGGCCACUUUUAUGCGCCUCAUUGCAUCUACAAACGCGCCGCGUGCUACCUGACUCAUGCGUCAUCAUAGUUGUCCAACCCAACACUGACAUCGACUAUCUACUCAACUCUUAACCCUCAACUAUCGUCGUCGGAAUCAUUGGGCUACUCUCACCAAGUCCGACUAGGCCGUUUACGACAUUGUUCUUUAGCGACAGCAUGUUGGCGUGUAUAUCGACUUUCACUACGAAACAGUUUCUAAAGAACUAACACAGUCCGAUAAUCCUGCGACACACUUUAGCGGCCAAUCUACUCUAUUCAAUCUACAAUUUCUAUUACCGAUCGUAAUCAGCAAAGCUUCAAGCAUCGUUGACCCCACAUCUUCUUUACACCCGUGCCCGCAGCGUUAGACUCUCUUCGACGAUCGUACGUAGCCAUAUGAGAAACACAGCUCGAUACUUUUAGAAAGGGUAAAAUUGCUGGGUAGAUAUACUCUACCGCAGUUUGCAUUGUCCACCAUGACGCAGACUCCUAUGCUCUCGGUGCCUCUAAAGGCUACCAACGAGAUUGACUGGAUUACCCCACUGAAGACAUAUAUCAGAGAUACUUACGGUGAUGACCCUGAAAGAUAUGCGGAGGAAUGCGCGACGCUUAACCGCUUGCGCCAAGACAUGAGAGGCGCUGGAAAAGACAGCACUGCAGGGAGGGACUUGCUAUACAGAUAUUACGGCCAGCUUGAGCUACUGGACCUUCGUUUCCCGGUAGACGAGCAGCACAUCAAAAUCCCAUUCACUUGGUUCGAUGCGUUUACCCACAAGUCCACAUCUCAAUACUCGCUUGCAUUCGAGAAAGCUUCUAUAAUCUUCAACAUAUCCGCUGUUUUAUCCUGCCAUGCUGCCAACCAAACCCGAUCCGAAGAGACCGGUCUCAAGACCUCAUAUCACUCCUUCCAAGCCUCUGCUGGCAUGUUCACCUACAUCAACGAGAAUUUCUUGCACGCCCCAUCAUCCGACCUGAGCAGAGAGACUGUUAAGACUUUGAUCCAAAUAAUGCUUGCGCAAGCUCAAGAGAUCUUUCUCGAGAAACAAGUCGCAGACCAAAAGAAGGUAGGUCUACUAGCGAAGUUGUCUAGUCAGGCCGCGUAUCUAUACCAACAAGCAUUGGAAGGCGUCCAGGAAAACGUCACCAAGGCUAUCUUUGAGAAAGUCUGGCUCCUAUUUACCCAGAUCAAAGCUAGUUUAAUGACAUCGAAUGCUCAGUAUUAUCAAGCGCUUGCUGAUGAAGAUGCUAACUCAUACGGCGUCGCCGUCGCAAGACUCACGACAGCCGAAACUCAUGCGAAGGAAGCUAAUAAGAUAGCUAUUAGCUUCCCUAACACCAUGCCGCCCAGCGCAAACUUGAGUGCCGAUACAGGAACCUUGCUAGCAGAGAUCACAAAGAGGAACUUGACUACAAUCCAGGAGAAGUUGAAGGAAUUGAUAAAAGACAACGAUUACAUCUACCACCAGACUGUUCCCGCGGAGGCUAGUCUAGUCCCAGUGCCAAAACUGCCUGCUGCCAAGCCAAUACCGGUGAACGAGCUUUAUGCUGGUCAAGACAUUCAACGUAUAACCGGCCCGGAUUUGUUCUCGAAGAUCGUCCCAUUUACGGUUACUGAGUCCGCUAGCUUGUACGAUGAGGAAAAGGCAAAACUGGUGCGCGCUGAGGCACAGAGAGUCGAUAUGGCCGAUGUUGAAAUGGCGACGAGCUUGGAUUACCUCAAGCUUCCGGGCUCAUUGAACGUAUUAAGGGGGGGUAUUGACCAGGAUAUCCGACCGGAUUCAGAAUUCCAGACUUGGUGCGAUGAUGUUGCAGGACAUGAAAAUCCGAUUUCGAUAUUCGAUACGUUGCGUAUAGACAAGGAUGCGAUAGUGACGGUGUUGGAUAGGUGUUCGAAACAACUCGAUAUGGAAGAGAGCGUUUGCGAGAAAAUGAGGUCGAAGUAUGAGAGUGAGUGGACACAACAACCUAGCUCGCGGCUUACUACUACGCUGCGAGGAAAUAUCCGGAAUUAUAAGGAAGCUCUAGAUGAGGCGGCAAAAAGCGACGGCCAGCUGUAUGCCAAAUUCCGUCAAAAUGAAGUGGAUUUUGAAGAGAUGCGGAAUGCUGCACAAACAGGCGAAGUGGAUUCAUUAUUCCAGAUGGCCGUUAACAAAGUCAGGGGAAAGUCUAGUAACGCAACAAGUCCGGCAAGUGGCGAGGCGAAUUUACUGGAUGCUGACUUUGAGGAUGAUAGCCCAAGCGUCGCAGAACAGAUUGCUAGAGUCGAGGGCAUUCUUAAAAAACUGGAAUUGGUCAAGAGAGAACGAACCCAAGUAUUAAAAGAUCUCAAGGAAAAGGUCCACAACGACGAUAUCUCACAAAUUCUAAUUCUAAACAAGAAGUCUAUACCAAACUUCGAGAAAGAAUUGUUCCAAUCCGAACUAGAGAAGUUCCGUCCUCGCCAGGAUCGGAUUUUACAGGCAAAUCAUAAGCAAGCCUCACUUAUGAAGGAGCUGCAAGCAACUUUCAGCCAUCUUCUUCAGGACAAGCGUGUGCGUUCAGAACGAAGCAAGUAUGAAAUACUGCAACGGCAAAGAAAUUCGGUGGUCAACAAGUAUAAGAGGGCCUAUCAAGAAUUUCUAGAUCUUGAAUCUGGUUUACAGGGCGCAAAGAACUGGUACACCGAGAUGAAGGAGACGGUUGACAGCCUCGAGAAGAACGUCGAGACAUUUGUGAACAAUAGGAGGUCUGAAGGUGCCCAAUUGCUUAACCAGAUCGAGCAAGAAAUAGCUGCGAACAAGAGUUCGCAAGCUGAAGUUGAGCGAGAAAGGCUUCGUGGCCUUAUGGAGCGUAUGUCUAUGGAUCCUAGCGCAUCACCACCCCCGAAACCAGGUUCGACGCGGCCUGUGCCGACGCCGCUGUCUUUUUCAAGCACUCCCCGUUAUCCCCAAACCACUCUCGCUGGUCAAUAUCAGAUGCCAACAUCUCCGCCGCCGAACCAGGCCAAUUAUCCUAGUUUCUCUAACCCACCACCAAACACUACUUACGUAUCGGCGCCGCAGCAAUCAUACACUCCCAAUCCGCAACAAAACAACCAACAGUAUGGUCAAGCAGCAUACAAUCCUAGUAGUUGGGGCCGGAAUCCUGGUCCUGCCUCGCCGCCGCCGAACCAGAGUACUUUUGGACUUGGUGUAGGUGGCAGAGGCCCUGCCUCACCUCCACCAAACCAGACUUCCUUCGCGCAGAAUCAAUAUAGUACCUACGGAAACCCGCAAGCGCAAGCGUCACAACAGUACAUGCCUCCCGGCUUUGUGCCACCUCCACCUCCACCCGGACCUCCGCCUUUAGGACCGCAGCAGACGAUCCAUUACUCGCAGCAACCGCAGGACUAUGCGUAUGGGCAACCUCAAAACUCGGCUCAUCGGUCGUCACAAUCACAAAGUGAUCCGUGGGCGGGGUUAAAUGCUUGGAAAUAGGGAAGGAAGAAGGGUCACGACAUUGAUGAAGGAAAUGCGAGCAAUGAUACUCUUAGACUAUGGGAAGCCAACUAACUAUCCAGGGGAAAAGUACCGAAAUAGCAAGUCUAGAAAUACUAGUAGCCUAUCAGGUUUUUGUUUGACUGUUAUUCUUAGAUGGAAUAUGUGAUAAAUAUUUGCUAAAGCCUCUAGGUUUCUAAAGCGUUCGCCGAUUAAUCGAGUCGGAAAUUCAGAUAUCAGUUCGAUACAAGCUUGACGUAGUUACGUCUGCAUUGUCUAAAAAUGAUGCCUCGUAAGGAUUAAGCAAGGUUAAGUUGCUACUAGAUACCAACAAACUAACGCUCGAGGUCAUGUUGAUAGAAUCGAAUGAACUAUAACCCCCGUGAUCGAAGUUGGCCUCGGGUUCACUUAGAACUUGUCUCGGCAGCCCGCAUGGUGAUAGGAAGCAGACAGAGGUCCCUUGACACAUGGAUCGGGUUUAGCAAACAUCGUCGAACUUGGAGAAGUUGCCUAUGCAGAUCUUAUCCAUUGGUACGGAUGAGCGAAUAUGCAGGUCGGCCUUUUAUAGUAGCUACUCGCCGAAACUCAUAGGGAUGGCUAUACUUGCAUAUAUACAAGUAUGUGUUUUAAAAUUGCCGGCCGGUGAUACCUACUGGGUGGUAAGUAACAUGCAUAUAACAUACUUAGCUAUAUACACG